AUGGAGUCACAGGGAAGGCCGGCAAAGAGUGAGGAGUCUAGUGAAGAAGAGAAAGAGGAGGAGUCAGAAUAUGUGGAAGAGACUGCGGAGACAGAAGCAAGUAAAGUGAGCAGUGAGGAAGAAAUAUCAGACACAGAGAUCAAAACAGGGGAAGAGGUGAAGGAAGGAGAAAAGGAAGAAAUAAAGGAGGAUGUAGAUGAAUCUUCAGAAGACGAAGUCAAAGAUAAGCCUAAGGAGGAGCCCAUCAGUAGUGAGGAAGAAGUAGAAUCUCAAGAGGUGAUCAGCGAUACCGAAGACAAGCAGGGGGAAACUGCUGUUCCAUCCAAAAAGCCGGACUCGCUCGACAUUGCUUCACAUCUCCAAAGUCAGGGAGAGAUGCUGAAAUCUAAGAUACUACGUAAGAAAGAGCCUACUCCUGCAGAGAAGUCUAAAGAAGACUCCGUACCUUCAGAUCAAUCCCCGAUAAAAAGGAUGACUCUCAGUAAGACUGAUGCAGUGAAGGGGAAGUCUCAGAUCCUACAGCUGGCUGGCAAAACAAAGGCAAUGAAUAAGAAAGAAGAGAUCCAGAAGGAAGAGGAGGCAGCGGCUCCAUCAAAAGGUCCCAAAACUUUGCUCAGCAAACAGUCACGUAUGUUAUUUACAAUGAAAGGGAAAGGCAAAAAUGAUGGAAAUAAAACAACAUCCAAGGAAGAGCAAUCAGUAGAUGAAACAAAUGAAGAAACUGUAGAUAAACAAAAAACAAACAUUCAACCUGAGAAAGUAAGACCGACCUUAGGAAAGGUAAGGAUUACGUCUCUGAGAUCCAAAGCAAAGAAGAAGAAAGAUAAUGAAGAAACAGCCACAGAAACAACCGAGACUGAAGAAACAGUGUCUUUAAAGCCAAACGAACGUUUGCUAGCACGCAAGAGGGGAAUGACUACCUUGCGCCGUGUCUCCGGCUGGAUUCAAAAGAAGAUGCCCAGGAGCAUCACUGUUCGACGAAAGCUAUCUGCGGUCACACAAGCGAUUGGAAUUUCAAAUUGGCUACCUGCCCUGGUCCUGAAGAAGAAAGAUUGCAGAACAAAGUCCAAGAAGAGUCUUCUUCGCCACAGGAUGGCAAUGAAGAUGGCUGGCAGUGCUUUAAAGUCUAAUAAGGGUCCCAAAGAAGAUUUAAAGACAGAAGAGGCAGCGAAUACUCAGAAUGACUCUGCUGAAGGCCUGGGAAAUGUAUCUGAUGACCCCUGUUUGCCUCCACAAGAUCCAGAAGAAAAGGCCAACUCAGGUGAUGCCAAAUAUGCUAUUGUCUUCCCCAGAAUGAACAAAGUUGGCAAGGCCAAAGACACUGCUGUUGCUCCUGAUGGCACUAGUACAGGCAGUGAUGCCUCUCCAGAGCGCAAACCGCCAAAACCUGGUGCUCGUCUUGUGCUUCCAGUGAAGCCAGACUUCAGUCUGCUGAAACAGCAAAGAUAG